CUCGGCCGGACGUGACGCAGGUGAUGCCAAGGCGGCUUGAGUCUGCGCAGUGUGGUGCUGAGGGAGGCCGGGCGGCGCGCGUGCGUGCUGGCGUGCGUUCACCUUCAGCCUGGUGUUGGCCUUUUAAACAUAUAACAUAAAAAUGGCUUCCAAAAGAGCUCUGGUCAUCCUGGCUAAAGGAGCAGAGGAAAUGGAGACGGUCAUCCCUGUAGAUGUCAUGAGGCGAGCUGGGAUUAAGGUCACCGUUGCAGGUCUGGCUGGAAAAGACCCAGUACAGUGUAGCCGUGAUGUGGUCAUUUGUCCUGAUGCCAGUCUUGAAGAUGCAAAAAAAGAGGGACCGUAUGAUGUGGUGGUUCUACCAGGAGGUAAUCUGGGUGCACAGAAUUUAUCUGAGUCUGCUGCCGUGAAGGAGAUACUGAAGGAGCAGGAAAACCGGAAGGGCCUGAUAGCCGCCAUCUGUGCAGGUCCUACUGCUCUGUUGGCUCAUGAAAUAGGUUUUGGAAGUAAAGUUACCACACACCCUCUUGCUAAAGACAAAAUGAUGAAUGGAGGUCAUUACACCUACUCUGAGAAUCGUGUGGAAAAGGACGGCCUGAUUCUUACAAGCCGGGGGCCUGGGACCAGCUUUGAGUUUGCACUUGCAAUUGUUGAAGCCCUGAACGGCAAGGAGGUGGCGGCUCAAGUGAAGGCUCCGCUUGUUCUUAAAGACUAGAGCAGUGAACUGUGACGAUCACUUAGAGAAACAGGCCAUUAGGAAUCCAUUCUCACUGUGUUCGCUCUAAACAAACAAAACAAUGGUAGGUUGAUGUGUUCAGAAGUGGCUGUUACUACUGCUUUUGUGGAAGUACAGUUGUGAAGUCACAACUACACAGAGAUUUCUCAGCCUACAAAUUGUGUCUAUACAUUUCUAAGCCUUGUUUGUAGAAUAAACAGGGCAUUUAGCAAACUA